GCUGUUCCUCGUUCGACGGUUUACUUUCAAAAUGUCGGGGGCGGUAUGAGAGGCUCUGCCUGACUUCGGGAUAGGCUAACGUAACAUCACCAGUGUUAAAUAUACUGUCUCUGGGAAGUUAUCGACUCAAGUUCGCCAUUAUUAGUGACUCCAGCUAAUUAGAAAACUUUUAUCUAACUUUAAGUCGGAGAGACAUUCUGGACGUUAGCCGUGCUCGCUAACUAUCUUGCAUGCCCCUUGUUUAGCGCUAACCAAAGAUAUCCAUGAGCCCGACAGUGGAGAAAGUAGGAUAACCUGACAAACUAGCUUAAAGUUAUCUCGCCGGGUGUUUGGUAGCGACAAAUUUAAGAAAAUUGGAGGACUUGAUAUUGACUUGAGAAAAAAAUAGUUGGUAUGUGUGACUUAUGAUGGACGAAAGGCGAAGACCAUGCCAUUCUAGUGGAAGACAUGGAAAGACAUCAACCUGUUUACCGUGUUCAUCUGACACUUCAUUUCAUCCCCGCCACAGUACUCCAGUGACUAAGGAAAAUGGUGGAUCUCCUCGGGAGGCAAGCCAUGUUUUCAUGCCAUCCAACAGUGAGGUACACAGGAUGACAAGAGGGUUGACUAAAAGUACUGAGCCCCUCCCCACAGACUCCUUUUGCCAUCCCAUCUUACAAGACACUCAGGUUUCAGUGAGUGGUAUGGACAGUGCCAUGAUCCAGAGGCAGAGGAGGGAGCUGCAGCUGCUGAUUGUGGAGAUGAGAGACAGGGACAGAGAGCUCAACAGCAUGGCUGCUUUCCACCAGAAGCAGCUUCUGGCCUGGGAACAGGAUCGCCAGAGGGUGCUUACCUUGGAGCAGAGGUGUGCCCGUUUGGAUGAUGAGCUGCAGAAGCGUAAUGAGGUGAUCAGGGUCUUGUCUAAACGUGUCUGCUUUGUGGAAACCAGGGAGAGGGGGGUCCAGAAAGAGCUCAUUGUUACCCAGGAGCAGCUUCACAAGCUUGAAGAGAAACAACAGCACACCAGCCAAAAAUGUCAAGAUUUUGAGGAGAAAAAUCAAAGCCUCAACUCUACAGUCAUGGCUCUGUCCUCUCAAGUUGGCUCUCUGCAGGUCAGGGAGGAAGAACUGAGUGCCAUGCUCAAAUUCAAGGACAAAGAUAUGACUGAGGCGAACAUUCGUAUUGUGGAGCUCACAGCACGCCUGCAGGACAUGGAGACAUCACUGAAGGAGAGUCGCUCAGAGGAAAGCAGACUCCUGAAAGAGCUGAAGGAAAAAAAACAACGUUACAGGGAGGCCAAGCAUGAAAACACACUACUUAAAGAGGACCUACAGCAGCAAAUAGCACAAAGCAGCGCCCAGAGAGAAGAGAUCAUCCGCCUCAAACAGAGUCACGAGCUGCUUCACAGGGAUCUGCUCCUGUCAGGGGAGGGAGACAGCUGGAAAGAUGAACUGCUCACACUGGCUAGCUCCAGACAGCAGCGUGCAGAGUCUGAGCUGCGCUGUCUGCGACAGGUGUGUGAGAAUCAACAGAAUGACCUUCAGCUGUUGCAGCUGAACCUGGAAAGUGCCCGGGAAUCCCUGAGGGAGAAGAGCGUUCAGGAACCCCUUUGCAGCCAGGAUCUGGACAGCUUUUUGCCUUCUUGCCUCAUUGAGAGGAAUUCUGUGCCUGUCAACAACAUUCCUACUCCACCAGCGGCCAGUUUGCAAAGCACAGUCAGUGCUGACCUGGGAUUCUUCUCUGCCGACUUGAAGGAUCGGUUGUUAGAUGAGUCUGGGCAGGUGCAGGCCAGUUUGGAGCGCACCUCGCUGAAACCCCCCAGAUCCUUGCAGAACAGUGACACCAGCCUCAACAAAAGUCAGGACAGUGGGACCAUUCAGCCCCAUCACCGCUGUACAUGCCAGACACCUCCCCACCCCCCAAACCCCUCAAACACACAAGCUCAGUCAGACUCCACCCAAAGGCAGCCUCAGUGAACCACGUGGACAGCUUGACGAUGACUUGGACACACAUUUUUCAAGAGGGACUUCCUAACUUCCACACUGACCAAAGUGACACCAUGUGCUAUACUUUUGAGCUCUGGGGUCUGUGUUUUGAGUUGGCAAUAGUACACUAAAAUACAAAAAUGAACUUCCUGUUUUACCAAAGACUGAACCCUGUGUAGUCAGUGACUGUUUUCUGCAUUUGACUUGUAACAAUGAUCAUGAGGUCUUGAAUAUAUUUAUACUCUGAAGCUCAUUUACAUUGCUGCAUGUUGAUUACUGAAUGUACAUGUUGUAAAUAGGUGUUUGUAUAUGCACAACAAUUGAACAUAUAGAUAUAUAUUUUAUUUUUUAUCCUGCUCCAGACUUUUUAAAGAGCCAUGCUUAUCAAGCGUGGCUGGGAUGUGAAACCAGUCCUACAGGCUGUUGAGUGGUGCGUCCUGUGAUUGUCAUUCCAGUUUCACUGCUUACAACUUGCCUGAUGACUCAGGGACAAACAGCUUUGAUUUUAAGAGUUUUGACUUACCAUGACAUGGUGAUCCUCUGAGUAUUUUUGAUUUAAAAAAAAAAAAAAAAAA